CUGCCCUUCACUGGCUGGUGUCAGAGGCAGACAAGCCAGGGCAGGUGGGAUGGCCACCCUCCGUGAAGCUGUGUCCCCUCCGUCCUGUGCUGCCAGGUCAAGCACGGACAGCUGCUGAAGCAGCAGGAGAAGAUGAUCCGUGACAUGGAGCUGGCGGUGGCCCGCAGGGAAACCAUUGUGACCCACGCUGAGGGGCAGAAAAAGAUAGACAAGAAGCUGAUCACCCGGACAGACUUCCGCUACCAGCAGAAUGAGCUGCGGCGGAGAAUCAGGGAGGUGUACAAGGCCACAGAGGAAAGCACCAAGACCAUCUCAGAACUGGAAGAAGCUCAGAAGCUCCUGAGUAGCUCCCUCCAGGAGAAGCAGCAGUCGCUGUCACAGGCGCAGUGCGGCAUCGAUGCUCUUGAAGCCGAGAUCAGCCAGCUCAUGGAUCUUAAACGGCAGAACCUUUCAGAGAUUGUGACCCUGCAGACUCGGGCCAAGCACCUGGAGGCGGUGAUGGAGGGGAAGUAUGUGUUCCUGUACCGCAACAGCGAGUCCCAGCUGAUGGAGCACAAGCGCCUGGACAUCCGACUGGCCCAGAUCAAUACCAUCCUUGCCCAAGUGCAGGAGGACUACCCCCAGUUCCAGGAGGUCCUGCACAAAGUUCGACAGAAGAUUCUCAGCCAGCUGGAGUCCCCUGAGCCCUCCUAGACAGCUGCCAGGUCCCCACCUGCCAAGCCUGCCCUGAGGGAGACCCCCAGGAAUCAUCUAUCAUCAGAGAUACGGAAACUUCCCAUGUUCCUAAAAGGCCACGGGUACCCUACAAUGAUGCCGCUACUUAAACGUCAAUGAGGCAGAUCCACAGGAGUCACAGUCCCUCAGCAGUUCCCACCACGUGAAAUGCAGUGAUUCUGAUGGGCCUUGGUGAGCAUGCUUGCCUGCCUAGCAGAGGCAUCACAGGGCCUGCAAACGCACACUCUCUUGUUGGACUUACCUGUCCAGGUAAAGACCAGUCUGUUGGCAGCUCCAUGUUCUACAUCUGUUCCCCACUACACUGUCCUGGGACAACCCCUCAGUCUCCUGGAGCAGGGAAGGGAGCGGGGCCCCACCGAAGCUGGGAACAGGACAGGCGACUUCAUUGCUGAGCACCUCUUGAUAGGGCCUAUCUUUUGAAACAGGGUCUCCUGUAGCCUAGGCUGGCCUCAGACUGG